GCGGCGCCAUGGCGUGCGCGGGGCUGCUCACCGUGUGCCUGAUCCGGCCGCCCGCGCCCGAGCCCCCGCGGCCCCCCGCGCCCGCGCCCGCCGGACACGCGCUCUUCCAGGACGUUUUCCGCAGAGCAGACAAGAAUGAUGAUGGUAAGCUCUCAUUUGAGGAAUUCCAGAAUUACUUUGCCGAUGGGGUUCUCAGCCCAGGGGAGCUGCGGGAGCUGUUCAGCGGCAUUGAUGGGCAUCCCACCGACAACUUGGAAACGGAGAAACUGUGUGACUACUUCUCAGGACACCUGGGUGUCUACCAGCCCGUGCUGGCUGCGCUGGAGUCGCUGAACCGGGCAGUGCUCACUGCCAUGGACACCACCAAGCUGGAGUAUGAGCGGGCCUCCAAAAUGGACCAGUUUGUGACACGCUUCCUACUGCGGGAGACAGUGAGCCAGCUCCAAGCCCUGCAGAGCUCGCUGGAGGGGGCAUCGGAGACCCUGGAGGCCCAGGCCCGCGGCCCACGGUCAGAUGAAGACAGUGUGGAGGUGCAGAGCAGGCCUCGUGGCAGCCGGCGGGCGGGGCGCAGGGCCCUGAGGAGCGUCAGUUGGUCACCCACCUGGUCUCCUGGCUCCUCUGACACAGGGCGGAGCUCAGAGGCCGAGAUGCAGUGGCGGCUCCAGGUCAACCGUCUCCAGGAGCUCAUCGACCAGCUUGAGUGCAAGGCCCCCCGGCUGGAACCCCUGCAUGAAGAGGAGCUUACCAAGGGGCCCGACUCGCACAUCCUCGUGGCCCAGAGGCAGAUGCAGGUGGCAGAGGAAGCCCUGCAGGACUUCCACCGUGCCCUGUGCUGCUACGUGGACUUCACAGGGGCUCAGAGCCAUUGCCUGCAUGUAUCUGCCCAGAAGAUGCUGGACAAUGCUUCCUUCACCCUGUACGAGUUCUGGCAGGAUGAGGCCUCCUGGAGAAGGCACCAGCAGUCCGCCUGCAGUAAGGCCUUCCAGCGCAUCCUCAUUGACCACCUGCGGGCUCCCGACACCCUGACCACUGUGUUCUUCCCAGGUGUGCUGCAGCCCCCAACCCUCUCCAUAGCCCUGGGACCUGGGAAGGGGCAGCUGGGGCCCUGAUGGCCCCUGACCCCCAACCUCUGACCCUAGCCUCCUGGUGGAUUAUGAAUAAUAACUGAGCCUGACCUGCAUAAGCCAAGGACCCUGGGGCCCUGCCUGCCUCCUUCUGGAGCUUCUGGACUGGUCAACUCAGCACCAAGACCAAGGACGCUGCCGCCUCCUAGGCCUGAGGCCUGGCUUUCAGAGGCCUCCCAGACCCGGCUGAUGGAGUUUCAGCCCAGGGGUCAGGGACUGGGCUGCUUGCUUUCUGUUCUUUAUGUGUCAGUGUAUUUUAUUGUUUGUAGCUUUGGCCUCUGAGGCACUCUGGCCUCUGCCCGGCUCAGGAGGCCUGGAUCCUGGUCCCCUCUGCUGCUGCCUUGCUGUGUGACCCAGGGCAGGUCGCUUCCCUCUCUGAGCAAGCCUCAGGCCAUCUGGCUGCCUAGCGGGUGCCCUGCUUUCUCCCUGCUGUCUUGGGGCCAGGCUUCUCUUCUUCCCCAACCAGCAGCAGAACCAGGGCUGAUGCUCAGGGACCCCCACCUGACCCCGAACCUCGACCCCGGAGGCUGGGCCAGAUCCGCCAGCAGUGUGGGGUAAGGACCCUGGUGUCCCCAUCACCUUCCUGGGCCAGCAGGCUCCUGCCUCUUCCAGCACCCACGGCUGCACCAGAGACCUCUGGAGGAUCCUGGGUUGGUUUGCAUGUCAUUUGCAUAUCAUUUGCAUGCUCAUGCCCACCCAUACUCAGGGCCCUCUGGGAAGCCCCAAGGUGACCUUGCCAAGUAGCAAUAAUUUGGACCCAGAGUAGCCUGCUGCCCCCAGAUACCUCUGAACCCCAGCCCAGGACCCCAGCACAGAGGCAAUAAAGGCAGUGGUCACCUCUGGUGUCACGUCCUCUCUCUCUCCCUCGGCAAGGCCAGGCGGUGGGGCUGGUUUGCAUCUCAGACCAAAGACACAAGGCA